AUGGGAGCUGUGUCGGCUUGCACUCAAGGGAUCUCACGGUAUCUCUUUCGAGUCUGGAAUGACGAAAACGCUGGCGAAAACACCGACGGGCACUUCAAGAGUGAACAUGAAAAGCAAGAGGAAGGCCGCCAGAAUCUGAGACUUGCCAUUAUCGACACCAGGAAUCUCGGCGACGGUACACAUAUGUUCCACACCGGAGCCUUGCUCAAGGCUUAUAAUGUCGAUCAAGACAUGAUUUACGCCAACAUGGGCGAGCCUAUGGUGUUGGGAUACCUUAAGCCUGGGUACUUGAGAUUGCAACCAUUUCAUUACAAGCCGUUGGACUCCGAAAUUGCCAAUAAUCUCAGCGCCAAAGGGAAGAAUGCUGCAAAUCGCCGGAAAAAGAAACCGUGGAGCCGGCUCCGUAAGACAUGGGAGAUCAGGCAGAAGACUUUUCCAACCCAGUCCACCUUCGCGGCCGUUCAGGAAAUAGCUCUCGAACAGCAAGCUCCUUGGAGGUACCAGAGGAGACGCUUUGCCGGCAGAAUGUCCCAAGGGAAGCAACCCGGCCGGAAGACUGAGAAUUUUCGGGCCUCAAUGGCACCAUUCCAGUUGGAUGAGUACGUUGAAUUUCUGACGAGAGAGGUCAAAGAGAUCGAACUUCAGUUGCCAUUGCUGAUAACUCUGCUCUCGACGCGCACGGCGGAGGUGGAAUAUGACUCCAUUCUCGACAGAAUCCAAGAAUGGGGGCGCCCAGGCGACGAUCCGAUGGUCCGGGCUCAUAAACAGUGCAUUGUUCGAGACUGUUCGUCCACCGACCUCCCAGAGUUGACAACGUUUGAGAAACUGUUUCGAGACGGCGGUGAAAGGCUGGGGAUCCCGGUCGUCAAAAGCCCAGGCCUUCGAAAGUUCUGGGUCUUGACGAGUCGGCACACCGAAAUUCCUCGACUUCAGGAGGACGGCGAGAAAAUCUUUAGUCGAAGCGCGGGAAAGGCGGUGGGCGAGGCUCAAGGACGAGAAAGCCCGUCGAACAGAAGCCGAAAAGGCCAAUACUAA